CACAAAGGAAGCAGCAGAAGAAGAAAAGAGAGAGAAGCGAGAGACGUAGACAUAGAGGAGAGAUAGAGAGAAGUUGGAACCCUUUUUGUUUUUGUCGUAAGAGCUCGUGGAAGAUCACUGUCUCCUACAAUGUCUGUGGAGAAGAGCUUGAAGGAUGCCGAGAUUCACGAUGAGGAAGGCGAAGCUAAAGACCAACGAGGCGACCGAUUUGUUCCGGAAGCUGCAGAGGAUCUACAAGAGAGGGUUGAGAAGAAAGACGACGAAGAAGUGAAACGCGACGAAGCGGAUGAGGAAGAGGAAGAAGUAGUAGUAGAAGAAGAAGAAGAUGAUGAUGAUGAAGAUGAAGAUGAAGAUGCAGAUGCAGAGGAGGAUGAGAAAGAAGAGGAAGAUGAAGAUGAAGAAGAGGAAGAAGAUUCUAAGGAGAAAAGUCCAUCUUCUACAUUAGGAGAGAAUUCAGAAUUUAUGGAUAUUGAUCCAGGGGAAAUCCGUAAAGACGUUCAGUGUCCCAUAUGCUUAGGAAUCAUAAAGAAAACAAGGACAGUGAUGGAAUGCCUACACCGGUUCUGUAGGGAAUGUAUUGAUAAGUCAAUGAGAUUGGGGAACAAGGAAUGUCCUGCUUGCAGGAAACGUUGUGCAAGUCGCCGUUCUCUAAGAGACGACCCUACAUUUGAUGCUCUUAUUGCAGCUUUAUUCACUAACAUUGAUAACUAUGAGGAAGAGGAAUUCGCUUUUCAUGAAGAUGACAAGGCUCGUAACAAGCAGAUUCAAGCAUCUAUAGCUGAGAUAUCGCAGAGACAAUCUGAUGCUCUUGUGAAAAGAAAAUCAUAUGGUAAAGAGACAUCGGUUUCAACGAGACCACAGCGUAGUGGCUCAAGGAGGAGAAGGAACAGCAGAAACAUGGAACAAGACACAGUAGAACCUCAUGAAGAUGAUAAUAAUGAUGAUAAAGAUUCGUCUUCAGAAGAGCGUGGUGCAGAAGUCCGGCUGAGAAAAAGAAGGAAACGGUCUACAGGUCGGUCAACACAGAACCCUUCUUCUUCAGGUGCAAACAACAAUGGUAGCUGCGUAGAUAACGACACAGAAGUGAAUCUUCGAGACAACAAUGGCAAAGGGAUUUCUCCGGGGCUUGUGUGGAAUCCGGAGAUACUUGCUUGGGGAAGAGGGGGUACAAGGAGUAACACAAGGCAUACGGGAGGUAGUAGUAGUAGUAAGAGUGUAAGGAAUGCUCGCGUGAAUAGACUUGUGGAGUAUGUAAGAGGCAAUGUAGAAGGAAACAGUGUUGAGGAGAUGGAUAUUCAUCUCAAGCUUAUCUCACUAGACACAAAAUUGGUAUCGCAGCCAUAUCUCUGUUGCCGACCAACUUUGCUUGUGAAACAGCUCCGAGAAUUUGUGGCACUUCAGAUACAUUUGAAGACUGAAGAGAUUGAAUUGUUGGUAACAAGUGGAUUAGGAGGAGGAGAAGAUAAGGGAAUAGAGAAUCUUCCUGUAGUGGCUUCAGUAUCAGCAGCAGCAUCUAUGCGAAGUCUUGAAGACAGUGAAACAUUGUUAAGGCUCAAAGUCGAUUUCAUUUCAAACCAUGAACAGCAUCUGAUCAUAGCUUACCGGCAGAAGCAAACCGAGUGAAUAAACUCAGAGUCUGAAGGACCUGUUACUGCGAAGAAACAACGUAUAUAUAAAAGAUGGAUCAGGGGCUUGUGUUAUCUGUUUGCUAGAUUAUAUAUCUCAGUUGCUUUUUUUUGGUUUAAGUAGUUAAAUUCUAUGAAGUUUUACCAUUUGUGACAUUAUCUUUUUCUUUUGCAAGACGUUACUCUAGUAUUUUGUGACAGUUUUAGGUAAAGCACAUCACUUAAUCUUGGAUAAAUU